AUGCUGUUACUCGUGCGCGCUCACCCAUCGCCCAUGGCGUUUGUUCUGAAUGCUGAUCAUGGAUCCAGUAAUUUCGUGUACACUACCACGGAAGUGAGCUAUAGUGAUGGACCGCCAUCAAUGUACGCCGGAUGUACGAGCUACCUCCCAGAGAAAAGCUCGACAUUCGUUUUCGCCCGAGGAGCAAGGGCGACCCAGGAGAUACAGAUGACCGGCUCCAUGAUCAUGUGGGCACAGCCUAUCACAGUCGAAUUUGUGGCUUCUGAUCUGUCCCGGCUUGGAAUAAAAUAUCAAACUGCUAUAUCCACACCCAACCCCACAGCCACGACCUCGACAACCCAUUCUCCAGUCUCGCAGCAGUCCAUUACGGCAGCAUCCACCUCCACGGAGGCUUCACAGACCUCCCCCCGUGCCCAGGCCUCGGUUCACCCUUCUUCAUCCACCUCUACUGGCUUGUUCUUAUCAACAGCCGCAAAGGCCGGAAUUGGUGUCGGUGCCGGAGUCGGCGCACUCCUCAUUUCGGUCUUUCUCUUCUUAUGGGUCUCACGCCAUCGCAAAGCAAAAGCCAACGUGGCUAACAUGCAUAUUGCACCUGGGAUCGGUCUUCCACACUACUACAACACCGACGAACUGCGAGGAGGAUUUCCCCCGCCGGCCGUCAGUAUGAAGCAAACACGUGGGCCACCGAUGGAAUCGGAUAAUGGGGACUACUCUAAGUACCCCGGCAAGGAUCUACCGGAACUCCAGGGUUGA